AGAUGCGGCUUUUACAGACACACAUACGAGAAGCGAAGAAACAACGGGUUUUCGAAAAAAAUAAAAAGGCCAUCUUUUUAUAAGCAUAUACACAUACAUAAACAGUCGUUGCACAGCAGCAAUACACACACACACACUCAAAAGAAGCCGAUUUUUCCAAAUAAGCUACGCUUCGUAUAUUGCACGUUUUAGUCAGCUCUCCCUCGUCGUCGUGAGUAUUCUUUUUUGUUGGGCUUGCUCUCCGGCGCCUUUUUCUUUUGCUUCUGGAGAACGUGUCUGCUGAUUCAGCAAAACAAGAAUAAAAAGAGAAUACAGACGUCUGCCGACUAAUAGAACGGUUCUCGUACCUUUUCUGAAUUUCUGUCCUCAGGCACUUCGAGUACUGCAGAAGGUGUGAUGUCAGAGUUUGACAAGUACGUGGCGCAGUGGGUGAGCCGCGCCGGCGACGACCUCCCCAAGAACGCUCGCGAGAAACUGCUGAAGAACAUUAAAAGCAAUCUAAGCGACUACGAGGUCCUUCGUGGCCCGGCCGCGUCCAGGGCCGGCAAAAAGAAGGCUGAAAAGAAGAGACUGCAGGAGGAAGAGAAGGCGAAGGAGGAGGCCCGCAAGGAACGGGCGGAGCAGGACCGCAGGCGCCAGGAGCGUCAGGCGAGCCUGCCUCCGCUGCCGCCAUCGAAGAGCAACACGGAGACCGCACUUGGCGUGGCUGCGGGUGCGCAGGACACAGCGGAGCCAACGAAGAAGGCGGCGGCAAAGAAGAGCGGUCCGGCUGGCGGUGGCAGCAGCAGCAGCAACCACCACUUGCGGAAGGCGACGGCCAAAGGGUCCUCUUGGCAUGAUAACGGCGCCCCUCUGGAUGACAAGACGUCACCACGCAAAAGACUCCGCGCGUCGCAGAAGAUUCCGUACAGAAAGGAUGGCGGCUCGCGGUCGAAGAAGCGCAGCCAGGCAGGGCCGGAGCAGGUGAAGGACAUUGACUUCAGCUUUGGCAAGCACGUCGACGCGCAGCUGCGGCAGCUGGAGACGGAAACGCCGUCCACCACGGCGCACAACGCAGCAAGGCGAAGGGUGAAGAUCUCCCCCAUUGUGGCGGACACGGCGCCGACGCCCCCGGCUUCUGCGGCGCCUCCGGACGAGCCGGCAGCGACGGCCCCAGCGGCCCCGGCCACGCAGAAGGCCGCGCGGAAGCGCAGCUCGCAACCGCCCCCGCUAGACCAGAUCGUCACCGACGAUGCGGAGCUAGCAGGCAGCAACGCGGAGGCUGCCGCUGCAGCAAUGGCUUCACAAGGAAGUUUCGACGAGGACAGUGCGGGUCAGUCCGCACCUUUCUUCGCGGCGACAUACAACUACCACGAGCGGUUGAACGCCUUUCAAUUCGCCUCCGCCGGCACGGAGCACAACGGCAAACUGGGCAGCCGCUCCGACGUUCCCACGGACGAGGACGAAGAGGAGGUCGAGGAGGAGUUCAUCGACGACCAUGAAGACGUGCGACGACGAACAAUGCAGAUGCAGCGCCCCAGCCGCCCCGCCAUCUCGGACUCCACUCUCGACAUCGACGAAGCCCGCAUUGCGAACUUCCCCACCACGCCGAAGUCGCAGAACAAGGUGAAGACGAUCUCGCGGGUUCUGGUGCGCCACUUCCUCUUCUCCACGCUGGACGACAACGACAUUGCGAAGGUGGCCUCCGUUAUGGAUCUGGAGAGGUUCGAGGCGGGCGAGAACGUGCUGACGAAAGGAGAGCCGAACGAUACCUUUUACAUUGUGCUAGACGGCGAGGCUGAGACGACGGAGGUGAAUGAGGCAGGGGAGGAGGUGGUGGUGCCGCUUAUCCGUGGUAGCACGUGCGGGGACGUGGCACUGAUGUACGAGCUGCGGAACGACGCGACGGUGGUGGCCCGCACGGCGCUCCAGUGCGCCUCGCUGCAGCGCCGCACCUACAAGAUGAUCACCUCGCGCGCCAUGGAGGAGAAACGCAGGAAGUACAUCGACUUCUUGGCGUCCAUCCCGCUCUUUGACGGUCUGUCGGCGUCCGAACUGGAGCGCGUGGCGGAGAGCCUGAAGGAGGACACCUACGUAGAAGGCCAGAAGGUGAUUACCUACGGCGUCCCAAAUCACUGGCUGCACAUUGUAAUGGAGGGCACGCUUCGCGUCAUGGCGCCGGACGUCAACGGCGCGGAGGAGAGAGAGGUGUCGGUGGUGCAGCGUGGGCACUUCGUGGGAGAGAUCGAGUUCAUCUACCACCACCUCCCCGUGGCUUCCGUGUACGCAGACAGUCCAGUGGUGAAGACGGCGAAGCUGAGCCGCCGCUCCUUUGAGGUGCUGCCGAGAGGGGUGCGGGAGAAGCUCGUGCGCUUGGUGGAGGAGGAUGCGACGUACAACCCGUAUCACAUGCGUAUGCGCAGCUCCUCACCGCCGGCCUUCGACAUGACGCCGCACUUCGAUGCCCCGCCGCCGAGUGUGCAGAAGUCGCUGCGUCAGUACGAGAGCGAGCAGUCGGAGGGAACCUCGGCGGCGACGGACCCACUGCACCCGUCGCAGUCCACGGAGGACGCACACACCGCGUAA